GCGGAAGCGCUCUUCGCGAGCGUGCGGCUGGCGGUGAGCCCCAUGCAGGUCGACCUCGUCGACUGGUCGUUCGUGAAGGAGCAUGUGAAGAAAUACAGCACUGAGGACUCGGUGAAGUGGUGGAAGGCCUUCCCCGAGGCGGGCUCGGCGAGCUCGCUGCUGAACCAGGGGUCCGGCCUCGAGAGGCGCUGCCGCAGGGUCGUGGCGUCGUCGUUCUUCAACCUGCUGAUGGUCGCGCUCAUCGCCGCGAACGCGCUCUUCGUCGCGGCGCAG